UUCAUUUUCGUGCCGAGAGGAAUCCGUAGUGUGAUUCGAUCAGGAUGGCAUUCCGGAGAUCGUCGACUCUUUUCCAUCACCCCGAUUUAAUUUACGUGGAUCUAAUGUUAAAUACGACGUUCGGUCCGACUAUUGCGAGAUUUCUCGCGCGUAGUGUAAUAUUGGACGAUCCGCAUCGAGUCUGACAACAAGGAGGAUGCAAAAGAAGGAACAGAAGAGAUAAAUUCCUAGUUUUGCUCAGUAGGUCCGAAGCUGCUCCCGAGAAAAUAUUUUGUGGAGCGAGUCAAAGAAAUGACCAUCCAGGAGGUAUCAUCGUGUUAUCGGCGAGAAACAGAAAAUAACGGGGUCGACGUGUAUGUUCAGAUGCGGUGAUACGACCUGUCUUCGGAGUUGGACGUUUGUGUGCGACGGUCUGCCCGACUGUCCCGACAGCAGCGACGAAAUUCACUGUCCUCCCAAAUUAGUCCGUUCGAACGUCCGUUACUCGUCGUUCCCGAACGGUCAGAAUUUUGCGGGGCUUCAAAAUGUUUCUGCAAUCCAGAUCGUUGUUAUUGCUAUAUCCGUAGUAUUCACCCUAGGACUAAUUACGUGCGUUCUCAGUCAUUACAAGAUGGGAGCACGAUCUUGGAGCGAGAGGCGUAACAGGUCGCCUCUCAAGAGUGCAUCUAGAGACUUUCAUCAUUAUUUUCACCUUUCCCACUGUUCGCACGACUCGAAUUGUCGCUGCUUCUCGUCGUUGUCGUCGUCGUCACCCAUGCCAAAAGCGGCGCCCAAAUGCAGCCAGGGAUCGGCGGGAGGAAAGUGCGCGCGGACGGAAACGGCCGCCGAUCUGCCCUCCACCGUGGCCCUGCCGGACGGCGAGGAACGUCCGCGCAAGAAGGAAAGGAACCGGCGCGCGGGAGACGAGGAAGGAGAGAACGAGAUCUACAGAAGCUACAUCCGGCCUCCGCCCAACAGGACCGUCUCCGACUUGGACGGGCUUCGGGGCACCCUCCUCCAUCCGUGGGAAACGUCCGGCCCGCCCAUUCGACCCGGAGCCCCCUGGCCGGGCCGCGCCCCUCCCGUCCUCCGCCCUUCCACUCCCACUUCCGUUGCGGAGCGGCCGGAAGAAGUCUACCCCGUCUGACGGCGGAGGAUCCCAGCGGCGUCCUCCGCCCUCUUCCCGGCGCCGAUCUUCUCGGCGUCGAUUGGUUGUGAUAGAAAGGGCGUCGGCGGACGGGGCCGGCGCCCCUCCCGGUUUUCUUUUCUAGCGGGAUUUCUUAUUUAUUUAAAUCCGACCGCGGGAAGACGAUUGGCCUCGAGAUUCCGGAGACGGUCCCGCCUUUAUUUCUGGGCGGGGUCCGACGGGAGAAACUUAAUCUCCUUCCGCCUUAAUUAGACGGGGGCGGAAACGGAACGGGGCGGUGUCGUUACCGCCAAUCAAAAGCCGUCCCCCACCCGGGUCCGGGGGAGGGGGACGGGAAAAAAGGAGAGAAGAAUGAUCCGCCGACGCGUAUUCCGUGGGAGGGAGGACGGACUCUUCCGAAAGGGGGAGGUGACCCGUCCUCUACCGGGACUAGUCUUAAGACGAUGUGAUAAAGCCGAAAUGACGGAGACCGGACGGGAGGGGGUGGCCGGCGUCUCCCUUCGUUCCCGACCGGAAACGACAUGCACAUACGCGCGCGAAUCGAUCGCCGGUUACUUCUUUCUUCCCGUAUCCUUGUAUAUAUUUAUUCGGGACGCUGUCCGGUGGAUCCGUGGGAAUUUCCAAUUAUUUGUAAUUUGUAUAGAUAUAAAUUAAAUUCUUUGACCAUAUUUUUUGCCGUUUUCUUUGGUGAAAAAUGGCCGCCUCCGAUUGCGUUGGCGGUUACCUGGCCAUUUCUUUUCGUCCGCCGUAUCGGAAGCAGAAGUAUUGUAUUCGUGUACUGUACUUACUGUUCGGAACGUAAGGGCCGCGAUUACGCUUACGUCAGACGGUGAUGUCGUCGGAGGGAAGCUUUGGACGGAUUAACAAAGUACGAUUUAUUAAGUCCGCGGCGCUCCGGCUAAUCCGAACUAACUAUCGAACGGGUUAUACUGUAUCGAUCCGAAAAUGUCGACAAUGUAAGAGAAUAUCGUUCCUUACAUUAUCAAUGUCGUUUUGGUCGAUACACUUCGAACAAUUGGUAUUUCCAACGAGUCUCCCGACGACAACUUUAACGCCCGUGAAAAUAGUAAUCAAAUGCCGAUCGGAAAAUAGAAAACGUCCAAUAAUAAUACGUAAAGAAAAUUAAAAAUAAACUUAAAUUUUUUAAUAAAAAUUUAUCGAUAAUCGUUAAAAACAAACGAAACUCGAAAGUAAUUUUCGAAAUAAUAGUAACGUGAGGCGCCUCUGGUGGCGAGUUAUGUGACGAGAACAAGACCGAAAAAUUAUUUUAGCAGUUUGAAAGCUCCGAUUCGAACAAAUACGAAACCGAUCGAUCUAUUAAUUUAAUACAAAUGUAUUGGCGCGUGGUACGUAUAAUAAUGGAAAAUAAAGAGAAAAAAAAUAAUAAUUGAAAAUUAAUCGCGCGAUCUAUUACGGUAAAUAAUUCGCGGUACUUCGAUUUUUUGUGAUUUUCGGUUUUUUUUCCGUUUUUGUCGUUUAUCCUCUUCGUCGAAUUCCCGUCAGCCGGUAAAGAGUACUACGGUGCCAUCUAUUAACAGUAUUUAAAAGUAUGCCAAAUUUAGAACAUUAAAUCGAAGCCGCGAAUAGUUUAGAACGGAAUUUA